AGCAAAUCCAAAUCCAAUAUCUUAUCUCAUCAUCAUCAUCUUCUUCCUCAUAUACCCUUUAUUCAGAAUCACUCAAAUAAAAGUAACAACACUGUUCAGAAAAAAUAAAGUCAUGGAUGGGUUUCAAAUAGCUCUUCCUAUUGUCGGAGUUGUUGCGGCUGCAGCUGUGACCUUCUAUGCAGUCAGCUUUGCUGAGCUCAGAGAGAAAUCAUUUAGAGAUUUGGAGGAAUCUGAAUAUGAAGAUGGAGUUUAUAGGCCAUCCCCUAGCUCCCGGGAGAGGCGUGCCAGAAGACAAGCUAACAAAAACAAUAAAAAAUGAACCUUCUUGAGAUUGUGUUUAGAUAUGAGUAAGAAGUGUAACUAAAUUUUCAAUAUAAAACACUCUCAAAGGUUAUUAUUAUUGUACCUGGUAUCCAAACAAAUUUUAAAUCGUGUCUCUGCUUUUCCCUAGUUCAUAGUGUGGUGGAAUUGGUUUUACUUUUAGGGGACCGGUUUUCCUUGCGAAUGAUAUAUAUACUUGUCUAUUUA